GGGUGUUGGUUCACUGAGAGGUAGCAGAUAGGUUUAAUGAGAACACAUCGCACAUCUCGGCUCCUCUCCACCUCACAGACCCGCGGCUGUGCGUCCUCCUGCUCGUUUUCUGGACAUCCACCCGAGAAGCCGUGCGUGUCAGCCGCCGCAUCCUGCCCCGGGGAAGCGAUGGGAGAGGCCGAGACGCGCCAGAAACUGCUGCGCAAUGUGAAGAAAGAGGUGAAACAAAUCAUGGAGGAGGCAGUAACAAGGAAGUUUGUGCAUAUGGACAGCAGCCACAUCAUAUCUUUCUGUGCUGUGGUGGAGUCCUGCAUGCUUCAUGGGCUGAAACGCCGUAUUGCAGGCCUGCUGUGCAGUAACAAGGUUGCAGCACUUUUUAUGAAGGUGGCAAAAAGCUUUUCACCUGCUGAAGAUCUCUGCCACAAGGUCCAGGAGCUGGAGCAGAUCAUAGAAAACAGCAAACAGAACAAUUCCUCACUGAGUAACGACCGCAAUCGGCAGUCGAAGUUUGGCAGCCUCCCUCCUCAGGCGCUGAAACACCUGUGGAUCCGAACUGCACUGAUGGAGAAGCUGCUGGACAAGAUUAUCUUGUACUUGGUAGAGAACAGCAGUGCCUUCUAUGAGAGAGAAGCCAUGCUGAUGGACCCAGUGGAUGGACCAAUUCUUGCAUCUCUAUUGGUUGGACCCUGUGCGCUGGAGUACACCAAAGUCAAGACCGCCGACCACUUCUGGACGGACCCCUCCGCUGACGAGCUGGUGCAGCGACACCGCAUCCACAGCGGCCACUGUCGGCAGGAUUCUCCCUCCAGACGACCUGCCCUGAUCCAGAAGAGACAGUCCAGCGGCAGCAUGGACGACCGCCCUCUCAUGUGGGUGAGGGAGUACGUUGAGUCGCUCCACCAAAACUCCAGAGCCACGCUGCUGUUUGGGAAGAACAAUGUGCUGGUGCAGCCGAGAGAUGACAUGGAGGCCAUCCCAGGCUAUCUGUCUCUGCAUCAAACUGCAGAUGUCAUGACACUGAAAUGGACACCCAAUCAGCUGAUGAAUGGAAACGUGGGGGAGUUAGACUCAGAGAAAAGUGUUUAUUGGGACUACGCCAUGACAAUUCGUUUGGAAGAGAUCGUGUAUCUCCACUGUCACCAGCAAGUGAACAGUGGUGGGACAGUAGUUUUGGUGAGCCAGGAUGGGAUCCAGAGACCCCCUCUACAUUUCCCCAAAGGUGGCCACCUCCUCCAGUUUCUCACUUGCCUGGAGACCGGCCUGCUACCUCACGGACAGCUGGACCCGCCGCUCUGGAAUCAGAGGGGAAAGGGAAAGGUUUUCCCCAAGUUGCGAAACAGGAGUCCGCACAGCUCAUGUGAUUCUGUCUCGGAUAAGGAGGAUGAUGAAGCAACCGAUUAUGUGUUUCGAAUCCUCUUUCCUGGGAUUCAGAUGGAAUUCAUGGCUCUAGAGCUGAUGGACCAGGGCGUGAACAUGUGGCAGCCAACCCCCAGAAAGUCCUCGUGCUCCUCUUGCUCACAAAAUGGCUCCUCUGAUGGCUCUCUGCCUAAUGGCUGCAAUCAAGAAAGGGCUCCCUUAAGGCUCCUCUGUGACACCAUGAAGUACCAGAUAAUCUCCCGCGCUUUCUAUGGAUGGCUUGCAUACUGCCGUCACCUGUCAACAGUCCGCACCCACCUUUCUGCUCUGGUGAACACCACCAUAGUUGAUCAUGAUGAGCCCUGUGGGGCCCGGGCAGGCCUCUCUGUGGAGGUCUGGAACAGGUUCCUCAAAGAAAGCUCUGCCUACGAGGAGAAGGAGAUACACAGGCUUGUGUAUUUUGGUGGCGUGGCCCCUUCACUACGCAAAGAGGUCUGGCCCUUCCUGUUGGGACACUACCAGUUCACCAUGACUGAGAAAUCCAGGCUGGAGAUCGAUGAACAGAUGCGGGUCAUGUAUGAGCAGACUAUGAAGGAGUGGCAGGGCUGCGAGGCCAUCGUCCUUCAGAGGGAGAGCGAGAAACACGCCGAGGCCAUCGCCAGGUGUUCGUCCGGGGCCAGUGUGGAAAGGGCACCAGUGCAGCGAGACUCCACCAUCAGCACGGAUUCGUCUCUAAGCAGCAGCUCAGAUCAACAGAAUGCCAGCUCACAGAAUGAUUCCAGCAGUAGUGCACAGGUCUUCGAAUCGGUUGAGGCAGUGGAUCAGAUUGCGUCUGAGCCCAGGCCUGAGGAAGGAGACGUGCAGCACUGCAGUCCAGUGAAGGACAACACGAGCACCACUGCCGCCUCUCCACAACUUCCCUCCUUCAACGCCUCCUCCCCAGGUCUGUCAAAUCCAGGUUUGGAAAACAGGCCUCUUGUCACAGAGUCAGCUGAUGGAUCUAAAACAGCACAUUCCACAGCUGCAGCAUCUGAUGUCUUAAAUGAGAAUAUCAAAGCUGGAUCCCAGCCAGGAGGGACAGAUGUUGUGGAGCCAGUUGCCAAGGACAAGGUGUCAGAGAUGGAAAAGAUGGAGACAGUUUCACAAAAGGAGGUUGUUGAAGACAAAGAGGUCAGUGAGUCUAAAGAGACGUCUGAGGCUGAGAAAAAACCUGAAGUAGAAGAAAAAGAUUUAGCAACAAAUGAGCCAUCUAAAGAUUUCAAAGCAGUAGACACAAAUAUGAAUAUAAGAUCUGCACCAGAGAACACCAAUGUUCUAAAGUUAGAAACGGAGAUUCACAACGAAUAUUUCCAAGCUCCUCCACUUGGGCAGACCUUGACUUUUCAAGCACACAAGAGCAAAGACGUGGAAGUGGUGCCUUUAUGUCCACCUGCAGCAGAAAUAAAGCCAGAGUCCUCUGAAACUCCUCCUGAAAUAUCAUCACAAACAAUCAAGACCACGGAGUCGGAGAGAAAGGAAGCAGAAGCAACACUUUGUGACCUGGCUGAAACCAAAAAGGACAAACCAGCAGAAAUUCCAUUUGAGAAACCCGAUUCAAAUUCACCUGUCAGGCAAGUGCUGAAUGCUCUUCAGACGGCGUCGAGGGGGAGCCUUACGUUAACGUCCCACUCCCGGAGGUCCCCAGACACGGCAGAUUCAGACGACUCUCCCUCUGCGCUGGAAAUGGAGGACAUCCCUGCAGGGAUAACAUAUGUGACCUCUGAACAUAUUAAGUGCAGGCCUUUCGCAGGCCUCUCCGCACCGCCGAUGUCUCCGGCACAACGAGAAAGGAUGGGGCUCGUCCUAGAUCACCAUCUGGACACGGCUUGUAACACCAGUCCUGAGGGCACCGACCCGGGCCUUUCGGAGGAGGAGCCUGAGAUGGACAAUGUGCUCACUGAGGCGGAGGCUGCGGAGGUGGUAGAAGACGCCAAACACGAUGAAUCCUCAGAAGAACAAACCUAUUCUCAAGAAAUUCUGGAUAUGUACUUGAUCAACUUACAUCGCAUUGACAAAGAUGUCAGACGUUGUGACAGAACAUAUUGUUACUUCACCCCUGAGAACCUGGAGAAGCUGCGUAACAUCAUGUGCAGUUACGUGUGGCAGCAUCUGGACAUAGGUUACGUCCAGGGCAUGUGUGAUCUGCUGGCGCCCCUGCUGGUGAUUCUGGACAAUGAGGUCAUGGCAUUCAGCUGCUUCACUGAACUGAUGAAGAGGAUGAACCAUAAUUUUCCUCACGGACGUGCCAUGGACUCUCACUUCGCCAACAUGCGUUCUCUCAUCCAGAUCCUGGACUCUGAGCUGUUUGAACUGAUGCAGCAGAAUGGAGACUACACCCACUUCUACUUCUGCUAUCGCUGGUUUCUACUGGACUUUAAAAGAGAAAUGGUGUACGAUGAUGUGUUCUCUGUGUGGGAAACCAUCUGGGUGGCCAAACACACGUCCUCCGAGCACUUUGUGCUCUUCAUCGCUCUGGCGCUUGUGGAGAUGUAUCGAGACAUCAUCCUGGAGAAUAACAUGGACUUCACGGACAUCAUCAAGUUCUUCAAUGAAAUGGCCGAGCGACACGACGUCUCCCAGGUCCUGACGAUGGCUCGAGACCUGGUCCAGAAGGUGCAGACUCUCAUAGAAAACAAGUGAUGCGCGACUCCCACAAUUCUUUGUGCUAAAUCGAUUCAAGAUACUGACACAACCACAUAGUUCUGUAAUCAAGAGGAAAGGAAUCAGUGUAAAUGAUUUGCAAGUGCUGAAAAAAUUUGAAUCGGUCGUUAAAACUGCUCUUUGUUGCAAGAUAGUUGUAAAACAACUCAUCUGCACUUGCUCCUCUCCACAUUCAGGAAAUGCAAGUGUUGCCUGUACAUUUAUUUUGGAAGUGUUGUUGUUCACCUAGUGGAUUGACCCUUGUUGAAACUGCUUCAGGAUGUUCUUUAUUUUGCCUUAAACUAUUUUUGCAGGGAUACAGCGACCAAAUUCUCCACUGCAUUGCCCUUCUCCCGUUAAGUUCUACCUGCCAUAUACGUUUACAAUUUGUGAUACACUUGAAUAUGUUUCCAGUGAUAUUAUCUGACAUUGUACGAUGGUUUGGUUGUGUGGACAGUAGAGGUGCUACAGACGAAGCUACUAGGUUGUGUUCAAGUGCAAUGUGUGGUCACUGGUUUGUCUCUGAGCACCACUCGCUGGCCUUUCUGAGGCUUUUUCUCUGAUUUGCCUUCGACGCACACAAGCUGGCAGGAUAUCAAGAUUGAAACUGAAAACUCUGUGCACACUGAUUUCACAUAUUUUGCAUAUGGAGUUGCACCAUUUCCUCUGUUCCUUAUACUGUGUGCUGCUUCUAUAAUGAUCCUUCAUCCUUUGAUACCUAUCCUAGCUUUUAUUUCCGUGCAGACCAAUGUUUCUCCAGAAUCAACACAAGUGGUUAAUGCAGAUGUUCAGUACCUUUCUUCUGCUGGACUAACAGCAUUUCACUCGGGCUGGAGAAUUCAGCUUUAACGCCAAGACGGAUCAGUGCAGACAGGUUGUGCUUCCUUGCAGCUUCAUGAGAGUGGUUCAUUUUGAGCUGGUGGCGUGCAGUGAAGGCAGCGUGCUUCCUUUUCACUUCCCCUAAAGAGUUUCAUAGCCUCUGUCUUGCCCUGCAGAUCUACUUUGCCUCCUCUAUCUAGUUUCUUGCUCGAACUGGCAAAAAGUUUUAGGAUAGCUGUUCUGGAGUAAUUGUGCAUUUUCUCUUCACUAUUACCUCAAGAUCUCCUUCUUCAAACCGAUUAAAAAAUAAACUCCUUCCUCUGAGGCUGACAGCCGCUGCGCCACUUUGGCCAUUUGUCACACUCCCUCAGUUACAUUUCUUGUCCUGCAGAGGACGCCUUUCGAUUAUUCAUUUGAGAAGGCAGUCAAGUUGUCGCUGCUCUAUUGGAUCUGAAGCAGUGCAUUCCUGUGGAGGAGUCACCAGGUUGACUACUGCCCCCCCCCCUCUUAGCUUGAGUGGACGAAACAACGCCGCACUCAGGAGUUUCUACUCAGGCGGCCCGCAACUGCUUGUUCUUCAGCUCUCCACAGCCUUGUAAAGUACCUGAAGUGUUUACAUUUCAAGGGUCAGUUCAGUGAAAGCUAAUCAGUGGUAUGUAGCUAUGGAUAUAAUCUUUGUUUUGUGUGUGUAAAUUUAAGAUAAAAAUCUGCAGCACCCCAACUAAUACUUUAUUCCAAAUGUUGACAGUUUUUUUUUUACAUAUAAUGGCAACGAGCCUUUAUAUUGUGACAGGAUUUUUUUUGGUAGAGCAAUCCCUGUGAGAUCCACGUGAAGUGAAUCUGAUGGAAGGAUUUGUUAAAGUGUCAGCAGAUGAAAAACAACUAUCUCCAUGUGUUUACACCAACGGACACGAGUCACAUUUGUUUUAACGCUGCCGCUCACAGUUGCAAAGUAGCCAAAACACACCGUGGUUCAUGUGGCUUCGAGUCCAGUGCUUCGAUAUCACCGCUAACGUGUCUCCAUAUGAUCUCCAGAAACAUGCCUGAGUAUUGCUGUUUGUGUAUUGCUGUGUUUGUUGUCAGAGGAUUUACUGUGUGUUAAAAAGAAAUGGAUUUAUUGUACAAAAAAAAAUAAGCUAGUACAUAUUUAUUAAAUGCAAUACCAUGUCUGUACAGUAUAUGGGCUUUAUCUGAUGAGAAUGAAAAAGAUAAAAGUAAAAUUUUUAUUUAUUUUUUUCUGUGUUCUCAAAUGGUCACCUGGUAUAAUUGAUUUAUUGUGAAUUAAAAAUAUUAUAUUUUGCAUCUCA